AUGACACGACACAAGGUGCUACCGACCCGGUCGUCGAGACCAUCUACCUCUGGGACCAUCAAUACUGGCUCAGAACUCGAACACUUCUCCCUUGGUAGUGAUCAACGAUCUCAGCAUGACGUGGCCCCCAAUCAUGAGCCAUCUCGUGCGUCUUCAAGACCACGAGAACAGCUCCCCCUUCGGCAUGCCUCUAACCGAUCCUCCAUUCCAGCAUCUUUAGCAGAUCACCGACCAGGAAACACACACCUCAUCAACGCCACGCUUCUCAUCCCUGGCCGCGGCGAACCCCUCCACAACUACUCAGUUGUUCUUCAAGACGGAGUCAUAAUGGCAAUCCAACCGACCUCUGCGCUGCCACCCCCGUUCAAGAACAUUCCCACAACAGAUGUCCCUGUAUUGAUGCCCGGCCUCUGGGACUGUCACGUACACUUCCUCGGCUCCAAGACGUUUAAUUUUGCCGAGAUGGCAACCCAACACCCCGCCCUUGCCGGCGCGAGGAUCGCGAAGAACCUUCACGACGUGCUGAUGAGCGGGUUCACCUCCGUGCGCGAACUGGCUGGCUACGGACUGGACGUGUCAAAGGCUAUUGCAGAAGGCUCGCUCGUCGGACCAAAUAUCUACUCCUCCGGGGCUGCUAUAUCUCAGACAGCAGGCCACGGCGACGUCUUCGACCUGCCCUCCGGGUUCGUCGACUCGAUGUUCGGGGUGCGGGAUACGCAGGCGAACGCGCUCGCGCCGGGGACCGGGCCGAUGAUCAUCGCGGACGGAGUGGACGAGUGUCGCCGCGCGGUUCGCCUUCUCAUCCGCCGUGGGGCGACGUGCAUCAAAGUCUUCGCCAGCGGCGGGGUGCUCAGCAUCGCGGACGACCCGCUGAGGCAGCAGUUCUCCUUGGCCGAGCUGCAGACCAUUGUCGCGGAGGCGGAGCGCAACGGGCGUGUCGUGGCCGCGCAUGUCCAUGGGAAAGCAGGCAUUAUGGCGGCGGUGAUGGCCGGCGUGCACACGAUCGAACACGGCACAUACAUGGACGAGGAGUGCAUCGAGGAGACGAAGCAGCGUGGAAUCGUGUAUGUCCCCACCCGCACCAUCGUGAAGGUCGGUGUCGACCACCCGGAGUUGAUGUCUCCGGAGUCGUAUCGCAAGAUGCUCAUCACGGCGCGCCAUCAUAAAGAGGCGUACCGACUGGCUGUGCGUUCGGGGGUCAAGAUCGCGCUAGGCACGGACUUGGGCAUCAGCGCCCCGACGGAUCAUCCGCUGGCACAUGGACAGAGUGGGGGAGAACUGUCCUACGCGGUAAGUGAUGGGGGAAUGACGCCUCUGCAGGCUAUCGAGGCCGCGACGGCCAUGGGGCCCGAAACGCUGGGCGAUCUGGGCAUGAAGCCGAAGAGUGGCGUCAUCGAGGUGGGAUAUGAUGCCGACAUGAUUGCGCUGAAGGAGAAUCCCUUGCAGAAUAUGGAUCUGUUCAAGGAGCCAGAGAACAUCACGCACGUCUGGAAGGGAGGGCGGCUGUUCAAGAGUCCCAAAAUGAAAAGCGAAAGCCCGUUCUGA